UGUCGGAGUGUGCGUGCGUGCAGGUGUGUGUGGGAAGUUGCAGACAGAGAGAACAAAGUAAAAAUUUGAAAAGUAAAAAGCUGCAGCUACUGGAGAGAAAGACUAAAGCGGACGAUUCACUGCCAUGGCCAAGGUUAUAUCGCAGGACACCUUCGACGAUGUGGUAAAGGAGAACGUGGUGGAGUUCUCCAUGACUCCAUCGGAGGCGAAAGAGGAGACCAUCAAGCAGUUCGAGGCGCAGGGCAUCAACCUGGCCAACAUCAUCAAGGACCUGUCCGUCAACCCGCAGACCGGACAGCCCGUCAUCAACGAAACGGUGGACAAGAUCAAGGAGCACAUUGGCCAGAAAACAGAGGACGCCACGCAGCUGCUGGAACAGCUGGCCACCUUGGAUGCCGAGUGCCAGAAGUCAUUGGCCCAUCGGGUGCUAGCCGGCAAAAAUGGAGCCCAUGAUGCUCUGAUCACCCUGCUGGAGGAAACCCUCUCCGCGGACUCACCCAAUGAAUCGCUGAUCAAAAAGUCCCUGGAGGCCGUCAACAGCCUGACGCACAAGCAGCCGGAUCUGUUUGAUGCCGAGGCCAUGGCUGUGGUCCUCAAGUUGCUGGCCCUCCAAAUGGAGAGCCAGGACAUCACCCUGCUGACUCUUCAGUGGCUGCAAAAGGCCUGCAUCAUGCACGAGGUGAACCGCCAGAACAUCAUGAACACCCCCGCUCUCAAGCUGAUGAAGCCCCUCCUGUCCAAGGGAAAGGAUCGUUUGGUGAGCGAACUGACCGCAGUUUUCCGCUUCCUGGUGCUGGACGACGACAUCCGCGUGGAGUUUGGCUGCGCCCACGAGCACGCCCGCCAAAUAGCCAGCGAGGUGUUGCUGCCGCUGGUGGAACUUCUGCCUGCCUACCAGGAUCCCAAUGUGCUGGCCGAUCUGCUGCUCACUAUUGGAACACUGGCUGUGCGCCAGGAACUCUGCACCGCCAUCGAUGAGGCUGGUGGCCUGAAGUCCGUCUUCCAGAUCAUGAGCGUUAAUCUGGACGAAGUGCGUCUAAAUAGGGAGGCCUUGAAGUUGCUCCGGGCCCUGGCUGGCCACGACUCCGUGAAAGCUCACAUCGUCCAGCAGGGCGUGGCUCCUAUAAUAAAGCAAUUGCUGGAGACGCACCAGAGCAACGAGAACAUCGUAGCCGCCGCUUUAGCCUGCGUGACUACACUGACACUCCGGGUGCAGGAACACAGCGCCGCCUUUUUUGACACCGGCAUUGCCGAGGUGAUCGUGGAGGCAAUUCGCGCCCAUCCCAAGCACAAAAUCGUCCAACGGAACGGAGCCUGGGCCAUUCGCAACAUGGUGUCGCGAUCGCGAAACCAAUGUGAAACCUGGAUCUCCUUCGGCGUCGAGGAUCUACUGAACGCGGCGAUGAAGGAGCACCCUAGCGUGGAGCAGGACAUCAAGGCGGCAUUGCGUGACCUCGGCUGCAGUGUCCACCUGCGGGAGGAAUGGACGGGAACGGCGGAAAAGAAGAUUGCUGCCUGAUCGCACAUUUGCCUUUUGUAUUUUUGAUAUAUUUACCGCUAACUUAUUACUAGUGCCUAACUCAUUCAUUGGCUAACUAACAAAAUCGGCAAUCCUCAAUAGCAAUCGCACGCUAAUACCCAA